AGGAAACCAAUGAUUUCCUGACACUUACGAAGCGUUGCCGCUUAGGGGCGAACGUGGAAAGCUGCUUGGAGUACCGGGGGAUUAUUCCGUGGCCACAGAUCCGAUCGAAAAUGUAAAAUAAAGGGAUGCAAGUUGUAGGAGUUAUAGUAAGUUUUCAAGAAACGGUUGUCUAUGGCGCCGGUUUGUUUUGGAAGCGCGAGCUAGAGCGUGGGUCACCUCGACUGGGCAGCGUACGACACGAGACACGUAAAAUCGAGUGUUUAUAUUGGCCAAACCAAGUUUAAGGUUUCAAGGAUUAAGCUAUUUUCCGUUUUCUGUCGACCAAGGAGUAUAGUUUCUGGACUUAUCAAAUUACCAUGCCUACUCUUAGCUCGAAAAGUAGGCAGAAUGCAGUCGACAUAGUUGAGGAUGGAGGCGGUAACAGCGAAUCUCUUGAUACUACGGCCAAAAAGAUGUUGAAAUGUGUUGUAGUCGGCGAUGGAGCUGUGGGGAAAACCUGUUUGCUGAUGAGUUACGCAAAUGAUGCUUUUCCUGAGGAAUAUGUACCAACUGUAUUCGAUCAUUAUGCAGUAAAUGUAACUGUAUCUGGGAGACAGCACUUGCUGGGAUUGUACGAUACUGCUGGACAGGAGGAUUAUAACCAGCUGCGGCCCCUCUCCUACCCCAACACAGACGUCUUUCUCAUCUGCUUCUCCGUUGUGAACUCAGCUUCCUAUCAUAAUGUGCAUGAAGAAUGGGUUCAGGAGCUCAAGUCCUGCAUGCCUCACGUACCCUACAUCCUUAUCGGAACACAGAUUGACUUGCGGGAUGACCCAAAGACACUGGCACGUCUGCUCCAGAUGAAGGAGAAGCCAUUGACCUAUGAGCAAGGACUCAAGCUUGCCAGAGAGAUUGGAGCCCAGUGCUAUCUGGAGUGUUCGGCUUUGACUCAAAAGGGACUAAAGACGGUGUUUGAUGAGGCCAUUCUGACUAUCUUCAGCCCUAAGAAACAAAAAAGGGGCUGUGCAGCCUGCAGAAGCUGUUGUGCUAUUGUGUGAGGGUUAGACAUCUCCAACUGUGAACACCCACCCUACUCCAAAGAUUUGUCUACACCACAGGGCAGCAUAACCGACCCCUAAACCGCCUCCAGUCUGCUGCACAUCCUUCCUUUCUCCUUCCCACCUUCAUCUGCAGAGCUUGUUGUCCCUCAGGACAAUGAGUGGUCUUGCCCUCAGUAUAUGUGUCUCUUAGAGUGAUACACAGACAAUUGUUGGAAAAAGUCCAAAAGAAGUGCCUUAUUUUGUGAGCAGUAUGCACACCCUUACAAGAUUCCCAAGCCAAAGAAAUCUCAGACUGCACUGCAGUUACUUGAACUGACGUGGAGCGACACCUCCAAUUAAACAAACAUCUCAGAUUCAGCUCUAGGCCAUUGGAUCUUUUUUAAAUGACUAUAUUAAAUGAUUUCUCAAGGCUUAUGAAAAGAAAAAUGAAAAUCCAUUCCUGUGUACAAGCUGGAUUCCUCAUUCAAUAUUGUGCCCUUUCUGCAGUCGAUGCUUCAGCAGUUCAAGCUAGUUAAUAAAGGAAAUUCUCUGGAGGCUGGCCAACUCAUCAAUAGAGAGAGAGAGAGAGAGAGAGAGAGAGAGAGAGAGAGAGAGAGAGAGAGAGAGAGAGAGAGAGAGAGAGAGAGAGAGAGAGAGAGAGAGAGAGAGAGAGAGAGAGAGAGAGAGAGCUGUAACAGAGACCAGACAGAACCAGAGAAAGAGCAAAGUGUAUUUUUACAGUUCAUUAGUCUUGUGGGUCAUUAAAAUUUAGCAACGUCAAUUACAUUACAAUACAAUAAACUCUAUGCUACAUUAAAGUGAAAGAGGGCUCAUUCUUCCUCUCUGUGGAGAAGGCUGACAUCCAGUUGAAGCUUCUUUUUUAGGAUCAGGUGAUGUUUCUUUAGCACACACAUCUGUGAAUCAAACUGCUUAAAACGUGCAUGUUACGACUGGUAGUUGUUAUUGAUUAGGCUAUAGAUAAUUGUAAAUGUCUAUGAUUUACCAUUGCAUUCAUGUCCAUAAUGGACAACUGCUAAAAAACACCUAAAUAGUACAUUUUUACACCCUCAUCUACUUUCAUUAAUUUCUGGCUUUUUUUAUUCAGGUUCCAGGGCGUUUGUAGAUCAGUGGUUAGAUGGACCGAACAGGCGUUUGCAUUUUUUUUUUUUCACUUUUCUUUGUGCAAAUGGCAAAAUGGCUCGUUUACCUAUUGAAAUCAGAUGCCAAAAUUACAUUGAAUUACAGUCCUUACCAGGAAUAUACUUUAACGUCUGUUGAUGUUUGUGCUAUGUAUGAUUGGCUGUUGUCAUUGCACAAUUAAUGAGGUACAUCUGUGCAGGUUUUGGGGACUGUUUGGAGGUGUUAUUAAUUAACAUUUAAAAGUUAUUGGGGGUUAUAGUUAUGUUUCAAUUUCCGUUUAAUGUUAAUUAUGUCAUUUUAUGUUAUGACGUGAGUUUAUUUUUAGUUACCAUGAGUGAGAUUAGUGUUCUUUGAGUUAGGUGUGAUAAUGUUUAAUGUAAUUAAAGGCAACAUAAAGCUUUUUGGAGCUUUGAAUCAAUUGAUUUGGUAAACGAUUUAGUAAAUGAUUCUGUGUUUUAAAGCACACAUACCACCACAUACUGGCAACAUCUGCUAGUGAAAUCACAUGAUUUGACCAGUGUGAUGUAUGCUUAGAAGCAUUGGAUUGAAACAAAUUGUUUGUUAUGGUUUCAAAGGUGUAUGAAGCAUGUUACUUAAGUGCCCAUCACUUGCUAGCAUUUGCUGAAUCUUGACCUAUUGAUUAAUUGAGGGAGACAUCAGUUUGAUAAUUAUUUUGAUAAUUAUCAAGAAUAGGAAAGCAGUGACUCAUCAGCUAGUAGUCACUCCUUUUCAGUCAAUUCUCAUGCUAUAGUACUAUUAAUGCAUGCGCCAGAAGUGUGCAUAUUUUUAUUUCAGCUGAAGUUCAGUUGAGCUGUAGGCUAAAAGUGGGAGGGCCCUUUUAAUCACAUCAUUUUUCAUAGUUAAUUGUUUCCCAAAGUCUACGUGGCAGUUUGACUAAUUGAAAGAACUAGUCCCCACAUAGGUUGCAUAUACAUUGCUCUGGGCAUUAAAUCUCUUAAACUCUCAUCCUCCACAAUAUUGUGGCUGUGGCUAUCCACUUUGUUAUAGCAGUCAUGUAAAAAAAAUAGUUAAGACUUUAUGUGCUUGUGUGGUAAUUGUGCCUUACAGAGGCAGCAAAGUACUUGAUUUCUGACACAUCUGGACUUGUUUUGUACAACAAAUAGCAAAAAGAGGUCCUUUCCCCAUCAUUUGAUCACUGACACUUUUUAAAUGAAUCACAUUCAUUAACACUUUCAUUUGCUCUAAUUUGUACAUGUCUGAAUAUUUAACAAUAAAUGGAAAAUAUAUUCAUUCUAUAUUUCAACAACUUUAAAUCAAUAGUUUUAUAUUUUUCCAUCAUUUUUAAUUUGAUUGUCUUUCGCAAUGCAUUGUGGGAUUGUAGUUCUAUCCCAUCGCUUUGUCUUUUUUAUCCAUUUUGAAAUACUUUUUUCCUUCAAAUCAAAAUGUGAAAGGCAAAGGAUUUUAUGAAAUUCCUAUUGAAAAAAAUAAAUGGGAAAAAUACUUCUAUCAGAAAAGGCUCGAUUAUUGGGAUUAAUGUGAAUGUAGAAAUACGUAUAUCAUUUGGCAUAAGCCCUAUCCUACGGUUCAGCGCUCGGAUACUUCCUUGAACCGUCAGAUCCUGCCAGAUGUGACCUACCCCUGCCCAGGAUGAUGGAGGGGGAUAGAAACAACGGAAGAUACAAUGGCAGACAGCUGAGCGGCUUAUAAAGCGGAGGCUGUAUUGUGAUUGGAUGGGAUAGAUAGAAUAAAUCCAGAGACCUUCCUGCUAGAACUUAUGCUUACAUUUCCAGAAACCAAGACGGCUGAAAAAAAGCAUGGGAAAAGUUGUUGCUCUCUAUAGUGCUGACCUAAUAACUACAUUAAGAAAACAAAGUCUGUUAGUUACGUGAAAGGAUUAAGGGAAAAUGCAUCUUGUGGCAUUGGAUUGCCCCAUUAAUUAUUUGCAUUUCCUUGUUUUCAAAACUACAAGGCUCUAAUGUGUACUAAGUGCCUUUUUUUGCAAGCUCCAUCAGACCAUUAUAUUUGAAGGACGUAGGUGUAGAACAAUGACAUAAUUUAAUGGUGCUGUCAUUAUUCUAUUUUUCAUGAGAAUGAAAAUUUGAUGAUGCUGUGUUUUCAAAUGCAUCUGCCUACACACAUCUGUAAAAAUAAAAGCUCUCAUUUUCCAUUUUUCAUAAUGAGCCAACCCUGCUGAACAAAAAAGCACCCAAAUCACUCACUGUUUCAGCUGACGUACUCAUGUGUUUACCAAGGACCAGGCCUAUACACUGUCUAACUGUUCUGUUUUGCCUCUGGCCAAAGACACCCCCUUGUUCUGCCCUUUAAAGAACAGCUCAAACAUAAAUGGCUUUGUCCUCAGACUUGUUUUUUCCCCCAAGGCCUAUUGUAGUGAUCAUAGACUGCACCACUGAUCAUGGACUCUUAGCAGUUUCUUAAAGUCUAUGUAUUUGUCCUAAAUAUGUGUGCAUUUCAAAAAUGUUCCCUACUGCAUUUAGUUACAGUGUAUAAAAUGGUAUGGAAAAUAUUGUUGUUUUGGACUUUGUAGAUUGACUGAAAAAUGUAUAUCAGAUUGUGCUGUGAACUUCCACAUGUAAAUAUCUGUGGACCUUAAAGAUCAUAAUCAUCUGCCUAAGCAAUGAAGUCAAAACGUUGCAGUCCAGGACUCCAAAUAAUCACUUUAACCAAGUGCUGUCCAGUAGAUACUCUGCUAUAGUUCUCAGAUGACCUUGUUAAUGGACACUAGAACUGGUACUGGUUUCUUGUGACUGCUCUUCCCAUCAGUUGGGUCUUUAGUUUGACCUCGGGGACUUCUUUUUGGAGCCCACAAGGUGCUAGCGACUCGACUCAGAAUGAGGAUUCCAGCCUGCUCCACAGAGAGGAAGAAUGAGCCUACUUUCACUUUAAUGUAGCAUAGAGUUUGUUUCAUCACACAGAUGAAGUGCACUUACGACACUGUGCCUUGCAUUGUGCUAUGCAAUUGUUUAUAUAAUGUAAUCAUAAAAAAAAAGACCAGUUUUCAGUCACUGGUCACAAGAGCUAUAACUAGAACUCAAUCUUGAAUUCAGUGGUUAACUUGCAUUUAAUUCUUUAAUAAACUUUUUCUUUAAAUUAAAUGUAUUGAUUUAUAUACGACAGAAACACAACAGCUUUCUUUGCCAAAACUAAAAAUGUUUUGUAAAUGUACAUGGAGUGAUUAAAGCUUAUGAUCAAACCUCA